UAGCUAGUAGGACCAUCCAAGACACUAAUCAUUUAUGACCUCACCACUAGUAAACAUGAGGGACAAGAGCCAAGACAACAUUCAUUCAAAUUUCAAACAAGACAAACCACAUCCCAAAAAUGACACACUACAAAGAUUGUUUUUUACUACAAAGAAAAAGGUAACCUUACUUGUAAAGUCAAACACUGACCCCUCGUACUUCUCAAUAUGUAGUUCCUUUUGUGACAAAUGCAUGUGCCUGUUCCUUACAACUUAGAACUCAAUAAUGAUAAUAAUAAUCCAAUGCAUUCAUUUUAUUGCUUUUCUACUUUCAUCACUAUUUUACUCUUUCUUUAAAUUACACUCAUUUCUAUCAAACACAAUCUUUCUUUCCUUCACAUUGCUAAGAAACAAAGCAAUCUCAUUUUUCUCAAAUGUCACAAUCUUCUUUGCCUAUUGUUGCAAUUGUUGUACUAACCAUCUUGGCCAUUGUUUUCAUAUUUAUCAGUUACUUGAUUCUUGUGACCAAAUGUUACUCAAACUGGUGGCAUCCAUUGAGAUGGAUAUCAAUCCUACCACCUUCACAGAAUGAAGAGCCUUUCAUAGCGUUCUCUCCGAGGACAUGGAACCGCGGCGUUGACGAAUCUGUCAUCCAAGAAAUCCCAACGUUUCAGUUCACGAAAGGAGAAGGCGGAGACGAUCGUCGAAGUGUCAAAGGUUGUGUGGUUUGUUUGAAUUCUUUUCAAGAACAAGAUAUGCUGAAAGUACUUCCGAAUUGCAGCCACCACUUUCAUUUGGAUUGCAUUAACAUUUGGCUUCAGACAAAUGCUAACUGUCCUCUAUGCAGAACAAGCAUUUCAGGCAACACGCUUUUUCCGACGAACAGGAUCAUAGCAGCACCAAGUUCUUCGCCACAGGAUUCUCAGUUAUUCUCUAACAUGGGUAGUGAUGAAGAUUUUGUGGUGAUUGAAUUGUGGGGAGAAGGAGAGCAUAGGGGAACAAUGUCUCAUCAUCAUAUGCAGCAAGAAAGAAAUGAGUCAAGGGAAAGCAUGGCAUCAUCACUGAGUAGAACUCACUCUAGAACUAGAAACAUGGAGGAGGAAGAGAAGGUGGUGGAGUUGAAACCAUGGAAGUGCCACCGUGUUCCCAUCAUGGGUGAUGAGUGUAUUGAUGUUAGAAAAAAAGAUGAGCAGUUCUCUAUUCAGCCUAUUAGAAGAUCUUUCUCAUUGGAUUCUGCAAGUGAUAGAAAAGCUUACUUGGAAGUUCAAGAUAUCAUCCGACAGAAUAAUAGGCAUCACCAAAAUGAGGAUUGUGACAGUGAAGAUUGUAAUAGUAGCAAGGGCAGAAGAUCAUUCUUUCCAUUUCGUUAUGGUAGGGGAUCAAAAACUUCAUUGCUUCAUUGAUAAUAGUAUAACAAUGUAAACUUGUGAUGCGAAUAGAUGAGUUGUUUUUUUUUUCCUUAAA